ACAGCCAAAUGCCCAAAUCGCAAUAGCAAAACGCUGCGUCUGCUUCACCGUUCUGCUCCAACUCAUUGUUUUUUUGCAUCCACAGGUCGCCAAGGUGGUGGAGCCAUUGUUAGGUCAACUGCAGGAGCAGAUUGGUGUUAUAUUGCUGAGACGUCUGGCUCGUGUACAGAACCCCCUCUUUGGAGCAGUAUGGCAAAUUCUAAAUGUGGAGGAAAAGCUCAGUCACCUGUAAAUAUUGUCAGAAAUGUAGCUGUACUGGACUAUAGUCUGAAAAAAUUCAUGUUUGAAGGAUACGACAACGUCAUUACCGCGGAUGUGAUGAACAAUGGUUAUACUGUUGAAGUAAGCCUUGCACAGAGUGCAGCAAAAAUUAGUGGUGGAAAACUUACUGGGAAAUACAAGGCUCUGCAGUUUCAUCUACACUGGGGAAAGGCCGGUGAAAAUGGGUCUGAACACCAAAUAGACUCUAAACAGAUGCCAGUGGAGCUGCACAUUGUCCACAUGAAAGACAGCUUUGCAAGUAUAACGGAUGCUCUAAAAGAAAAGGAUGGUAUAGCAGUUCUGGGAUUUUUUUUUGAGGUUUCAAAAGAAGACAAUUCCAAGUACACUCCACUAAUUGAUGUACUAAGUCAAGUCGCCACCCCUGAAGGAGCAGGAGAAGCAGGUGCAGGUAUGUAUAACUUUGUGGUGCUGUGGUGUAAUGGGAGGAUGGAGGUUUGCAGAUGUGUUUUUUUAAUUUUGGAGCAGGAGUCACACCUGCAGGGGCAGAAGAAGCAGCUGCAGAUUUCUUUUUCAGCUACUGGAAAUGUACAAAUAAAGAUAAAGUUGUCAGAUUUUAUUCCAAGCCCUGGAGAUUUAACCAAAUAUUACCGUUAUGCUGGAUCUCUCACCACUCCUAACUGUGAUGAAGCUGUUGUGUGGACCCUGUUUGAUACCAAAAUCAAACUGUCAGCAACCCAGAUUGAAAAGUUUCCAGGUACCCUUAAAACUAAAUCUGGUGCUGCUCUGAUGAAGAACUUUCGACCCCUUCAGCCUCUAAAUGACAGAAAGGUUUACUGGUCCGGCUGCAGCUCUUUAUCACCUGGAAUCGCACUCCUGCUGCUUUCUGUCAUCUCCACACUGGGACUGACCAUUAAACUUCACUAAGGAUUCCCUUUGGCAAAUAUAUUUAGCAAAUAUUUAAUUCUGAUAAGUAUCUGUUUGCUGAAAAUUGGUUUUUGUUUUUAUGACUGACCAGAUGAAUGGCUUCUUAAUGAGUAUGUUGUUCCCAGUCAAAUUUUUUUAAUAACUUUUGUGUGAUUUUCAAAAAAGAUAAUUUUUAAAUACUAAGUAUAUAUUUUGAUAUAGUUUUUCUCAAAACAUUUUUAUAUCCUUGCUACAGUGGAAAUGCAACUCUUGGCUGAAGACCUCCACAGAGAAAUAAAUAUGUAGUCUUGUUUUCAGGGAUGUUAAAUGAUGAAGAGCCAUGAGUUUUUCCAUGCAUUGUCAGGUUUGCAUAGAUAGUCCUGUAUGGAAAGAAUAUGAGAUAUUAGUUAUUUAUUCAUUUCACCAGUUUUCAUAUUCGAUUUGCUAGUGAUUGUUGUUGCUUAUUUUUUAAAUAUGAGUUUAUACCAGAAUGCAGGCAAAGAGUAGGUCUUGUUAACAGUCCGGCAUCUGUCCCUACCCCAUCUCUUGCCCUUCAGCGAACUCCUAGUCUUGUAUGGUCACGCUAUCUCCGACCUGUAUUUGACUCCAUCCCAUCUCAUUUCCAUCACUGAACUCAAUCUUGUAUCGUCACGUUAUCUUGCCUUCAUUUGCCCCUGCCCCAUCUUGUGUCCUGCAGCAAAGACCCUCUCCAAGUUGCAAACCAUGACUUUAAUGCCGGUAGUAGUCCCUUCUGAAUCUCCACUGAGUAGUAAUAUGGAUAUGUAGCUAGACACUCUACUAUAAAGAUGCACAUUUUAUGGAAAUAUAAGUGGCCUUAUUUACUUGAUUAACAGAACAUCUACCCAAUCAGAAUCUUCUCAGCAUCUAUUGUGAUGAUCUUUUUAGGCCACAAGUACAAGUUAGGCGUUGCCUGAGAUUUGAUUUUUUUUAAUAUGAUACAAGAAAGGAGUUGUGUGUGUGGUGUGAUGUUCUUGGCUGGUGUCAUAAAGACACCUACUAUAUGUACUCAUUAUUCUAUGAUUGCAUUUGUAAAAUACCAAAAUACCAAAGAUCAAUGACUGAAAUGUCUUUAUCAGUUGCUUGAAUUUGGUUGAAUGGAUUAUAUUUGUUACUUUUGUGUUUACCCUUUCCCCUUUUGUCUUCUAAGUUUUAAUGCUUUCUUUAUCACACUUUUUCUGCUGUUAGAGUAAACAUCUAUUUUAAAAGAUAUACGGAAGUUCAGGUUUAAAUUGCAUAAUAGCAAAUGAAAAAAUUGUACACAUUUAUGAAUUGAUUGUGUCCAUAUUUGUAUCUGUUGUUUGAAGUUGUUUGCACAGAUUGUGUCCAUACAAGUUGUUUGGUGUGUGUAUUUUUUAUUAUGUUAUGCUUUAUUGUCUUCCAAGUUGUAAAGCUUUAUCUCACCUUAACAUGCUGUUACAGAGUAAACAUCUAAACACAUUACACAUUUUAAGUUCAGGUUUAGUUUGGAAUGCACAUAGUAAAUGAGAAAAUGGCACACAUUGCACACUGACAUCAGGGUUGAACCCCAGUCUGCAUCUGCUCUGUUUAAGACUUCUGCAUUAAUGAGAUUAGUUUUGCUUCUGUAUGCCCCACCAAUAUGGUCAUGUUUGUAAAUUAGCUGAUUUUUGUAAGUUUUCAUAUCAAUAUGCAGAGAUAGUCUUACUAUGUGAUUUUGGGCCUUCUCUGUCAUUAUAUAAAAAGCUCCUGUCCAAAUACAUUACAACAUAAAGACAAUAAUGCCAGCAGCCAACAUAACAAUUCAAAAGUGCCAGAGAAGGAAUUUAUAGUUGCAAAACAUAAGGUGUACAAGAUAUUUUUGAGGAGGAUUUUCACUUAUGUUUCUUGGCAAUGCAUGUAAAGUGCGUGUGUUGUGUCAGGAGAUGAGGCUGUUGGCGCUGGGUUUAUUUUCAUAAUGUUGACACAUGCAAUGCCACUCAAAGCCUUAUGCGAACUGUUGACUUUGCCUAUUAAUCGCUCAAGAAGGUACUCAGCAUUUCCAGUGUGGCAGCUUUGGACUGCCUUGACAGAUUGUUCAAGUACAGCUUGCUCCAGUUAGUAACAUCCCUCUCUGGACUUUGAAGAGCCACACAUCCACUACACACAAAAAUAUAGCCAGUUACGAGGCAGCUGAUGCCCAUUCAGAUAUAUCUGCUUCAGCAGCAUGUUUGUUCACAGUAAGUGAACACCUGUCUAGGUGUAUUGCAGUAUCAGUGUCACCUUAGAAGUUCUGGACUUUGUCUACAAAUUGCACAGCAUAUUUUUACAUUACACUAUGGUUCACUUAAAUGAAAGCUGGUUUUGCACAAUGUUUUCCACGUUAAAAUAUUUUGAUACUAAUUGUGAUCUCAGGGCAGCACCGUAUUGGUGACUUGUGCUCAUGCGCAGGCAUCACUGGUUUACUUUUUGAUACUGUGGCCUCGGUAUACCACUAGUUGUUAAAUUAUUGGUGGCACAGGGUAGCAAAAUAGUUAGAAUUGCUGAGUCAUUGACCCAGAAGAGAGGGUUUUAGAUGUUUGCCCAGUCACAUUCCCCCUGCAUCUGUGUGUAUUGUCUUCUGGUACUCUAAUGUUCUGCCACACGAACUGCUGAUAUUAAACUGGUCCUGCAUUGGUAUAGGUUUGGCUAUGAGUGGGCACUAUUAUAUGUGGGCACCCAUUCUGGGGUUGGUUAUUGCCUUGCACUGUGCUGCUGGAAUAGUUUCUCUCCCACUGUGCCCUUUAAUUAGAUUAAAAAUAUAGAAGUAUUUCAAUUAUAAACCAUGCCACUUCAUACAUUUGUAGGAAAGGGUGUGCAGUAUCAAAGCUUAGCCUUGUGAUCAAGAAUAAAUCAAUUAACCUGCCUUGAUUUUACAUAUUUAAGCAGGAUAUAUAAUCUGUAUUUAAAGGGUCAUGGAUUUGUAUUUUAAAUUUGUCACAUAGUGUAAAACAUAUAUAUUCAACAUAUAAUCUUCUAUCCCUUUAAUUUUAAGGUUAGAGAUCCAGAGUCUAAUCCUGGCAGCAUCAAGCACAAAAUGGGAAUAAGUUCUGUGCAACUGCCAGUCGUUAAACCUAAGACGAGCCUUUGUGUCUUUGGUACUUGGAAAAAGCAAAAGGCUAGAAGGAGAUUCAAGCCCAGCUUUUUUGCAGCUAUACAGUGGCUUAACACUAUCCCACCAUGCCACUCCUAUGCAUACAUAAAGUCCUAAUACACUUUUCACAGCACUCUGUAGGAAAGUUGUCUUGUAAUUAGUUCAGCAUUAAGAAAUAUCAGAGAUGAAAUGUUGUCACAGAAGUUAAAUUUAACUCACUCAGUUUAUCACUAGUUUAUUUUUAUAUAGUACUCUCAACUGAGUGCAGACUCAAAGCGCUGUAACAAAUUCACAGGUAAACGCUAUUACACACUUUACUGUAAAAAUGCUUGUUAUACAUAGAUUAGUUUAAACACAUAGACAUAGGUAAUCAUUUUAUACAUAGAUUAGUUUAAACACAUAGGAAAUGUGCUAACACUAUAAGCCCAUGAAUUUCAUUAUUGAACCCCAAGUCAGUUCCAUCUCUGGAGAAAAUAAAUCUCCAGUUAUAUAACAUAGCUGACAUUUUGAUCUUGAUGUUCACUCUGGUUUGUUAGUAUUGAUAAGUUCACAUAAGUAAGCAGGUCCUUGGUCAUGGAGGGGGAUUUUAAAAUCAGUGCUGUUUAAAAGGAAGCCAAUAUAAAAACUUGAGAACUUGAGAACUAGAGUUAUGUGUUUGUGCUUUCUAGUUUUUGUAGAGAUUUCUGCAGCAGCAUUUUGAGUUAACUGAAAGCUUCAUGCAGAGCAGUUUAAACAGCCUGCAUUGCAGUAAUCAGUUCUUAUUGAAAAUAAAUGCUUCAAUUAAUUUCUCAGAGCAGACUGGUGGUGAAAGAUAAUGCCCAAGUCCCAUGCUGAUUCAGCAAAACUAAUGAUUAGGCCAACUGAGUUGAAAAGUGACUAAUAUUUUUGCAGUCUGCAUCCCUCCACCCAGUAAAUUUAAAGACAUAGUUAUCAUUCAUCCGCUCGUUGGAAACAAUUUAUGGUCACCAUUGGAGAAAUGUAAUUUGCUUUAAAUUCUGAGCACAAUGAUGGAGUACUGUCAGCACAUUUCUAUACAUGCUGAAGCCGAUUUGAUAAAUAUGAAAUAAAACACGCAUGGAUAGUAGUCCUGUAAUAUUCCAGCCUGUAAUAUUCCAGCCUAUGUCACAGAAAGGAGGGUCAAGGUGUCAGAGACUGCACUUAAAAUCACAAUGUAAGUACUGCAGACUUGAUGGUUUAGAAUUUCAUUUAUGGGUUUGAGGUUAGCACCAUUUCUGUACCGUGAAUUGUGCAGUUAGCACCAUUUCUGUUAUGCAGACACUGGAUUGGAAUUUCUGAAAUAAACUGAUGUGUAAGGUGAGGAUGAAGCUGUGUUGCAACCAUUUUUUUAAAGCAUUUUGGAUACGAAAGAUUAUUUGAAAUAGGUCUCUUAAUUAUCAAGUGUGUGUGUGUGGCCAGCUCUGUUUUGAAGUAUUUUAGAAAGAAAAGGUAAAUUUGAGAUAGGUUUUGUUAAGCAUGUGUGUGGUAGCUGAUUUUUUUUAUUAAGCAUGUGUGUGGCUAACAUAUAUAUAUAUAUAUAUUUUAUUAUAGGUGUGUUUGACUUUUUCAGUGCAUUAGGAACAUGCAAGUCAGUAAAGAGCUAUUGAUAAUUCAUAAAGAACGGGUGCUGCCCGAACAGUCAUUGAGCGUUUCAUUUGUUUUGUUAAGGACGGGGUCUAAGUGAUAGUAAGUUUAAUAUUAGCAAUAAGUUACACAUUUCUUUACUGUUCUCAAAUUAAAAUUAAAGUGGUGUGUUGAAGGAGUGACAAUACAAUUGUUCCUAAGGUUGUUAUUAAAAUUUGAAAUUUUAUGUUGUGAAAUUAUCAUUACAUCCACACUAUUGAUGUUUGUAGGGAGAAUUCUCUAUUCCCACAAUUAGAGAGAAACCUAUCUUGAGGUAACUCCUUUAAAGUUGAACGUGUACUGCUAAAUGCUAUCUGCUUAAAAAUAUUUUUAAAGUAUUGACGUGACAGAGUUUUGUUGUUUAUAUCAUUCUGCUGAUGAAACUCUUGUUUUUUUAACUAAUUGAUUGCAUGUCAGACUACUGCAACUUUCAAUUAAAAUGCAAAACCCUCAAGUGUAUCAAAUGACAUGCAUUUAUUGUAAUGGAUAUUUGAAUAAUUUACAGUUCUACUUGCUGUAUGUUUGAAGUGAAUGUAAUAAAGGUUUACAAUUCUA